GCGGCACCUGCUGAUUGUGACUAACUUCCUCCUUGAAACUGUGCAUGUGGUGUUUUUAAAGUUCCUCUUAGUCUUUGUCAAUAAAUAACUUCUUUCGCAGACACGAGUGCGAUUCUGGCUGCGGUGUGGGUUUGAAGAGACUAUAAAGAUAAUUUCUCAGAUAAAUAAAUAUAUGUAAAACAACAAAAACAACUUUUUGUAUGUUAUUAUUUAUUUAUUUAUUUAUUUUGUUUACGAUACAGUAUAGAAGACUAGACCUGUAAAUGAUGGAUGGCAAUCCUUUCUUAAAAUCUUCACCGGCGAGUUCGGAGUUAGACUCCCCAGCUGCGGACAACACGUCUGCCGUCCAGCAGGACCAGUACAGACAGACUUUGACCCAGCGGAGCAGCUUGGCUUUGAACGGAGAGGCAGAGCCUGAUGACCAUGGGGAGGAGACAGAGGGUCACGGCAGGCAUUUGAUCUCUAGCGGGAAUGACACUGAAGAAAACGUGACCAUCAUCUCGGAGAGCAUGACAGUGACGUCAGCCGACGAAGAAAAACUCCUGCUGCUGAACAGGAACACAGAUCUGAGGAGACUCAACAAGGAGCUGAUGAAGCUGAAUGAGGAGUGGGAUCAUAUCUACCGCAGCACCACGAUGGGGCUGCAGGAGAAGAUCAGCUCCCUGCAGCAGGAGGUGGUGGGGCUGAACCAGCACAACGAGAGGCUCGUAAUGAAACUGGAGCAUGAGCAGAGUAAACGUGAGUACUAUGAGCAGACCCUGCUGCAGGAGCUCAGGAAGAACCAGCACCUUCAGGAGUAUGUGCGCCACCUAGAGGGCAAGAUUCACCGCAGCAGCAGCAGCAGCACUGCCAGUGAGCGGCCAGCAGGGGUACUGAAUGGCGUGGAGGUUUGCAGACCGCCAGAGGUUUGUGAGGGUUUGUAUGAGUUCCCCUCCCAGCCCCCCCGCAUGCAGUACAAGGGCUCCAGCCACUCGCCUCCCCCACUCGAACCACCAGGAAAUGGCGACAGAAAGCAGGGCAACCCCAGGCAGGGCAGAUCAAAGCAGGACAGCGCCACCUUGAGGUCAUUUAAGGGACAGUCUGACAUGCUGAAGGAGGUGCAGGAGCUGAAGGACCAGCUGGAAACCCUUAAAUGCCAGACACGGAUCUAUGAAGCUGACUACAAGACAGAACACAAAGACAGAGAGCGUAUGAAGAAUGAGAACAGCAAGCUGCGUCGAAAGGAAGAGGAGCUGCGCCAGCAGAUGGCGCUGCAGCAAGAGCAGCUGAAAGUGUAUGAAGACGAUUUCAGAAAGGAGCGCUCCGAUAAGCAAGUCUUGCAGAGGCUCCUGUUAAAGAAGGCAGGCCCGACUGACCCUGUCCUGGUCCACCGGUGCAACAAUGAGCACGAGCGCCCGCCCGGGGAGAGGCAGGGCUCAGCCCACCGCAGCGGCUGUGCCAAGCACUGUGAGCGGCACGGGCACAAGGCCAGCGAGUGCCGCCGAGCGCAGCGGCCACACCAACACCAGGAUGCAGAGGUGCAGGCCUCCCCUUUCACUAUCGACUACCACUAACCAGAGCCAGCACUCAGGAGCAGAUACUGAUACUCCCAUUGUUGGACUUCAGUAGAGACUGGCUUUUUCAGUUUCCAUGCUCAAAAUGGAAUAGGGAAAGGGAACUGUAACCUUUGAAGCUCCUUCAAAUAUCUUUAUCCUGAGUGAGACAUUGUUUUAUUUUAUAAAGCUGAUUCUGCCUUAUAUGCUAGUUAUUCAUUUUCAAAAAAAAAAAAAGAUAUAUAUAUACACACACACACACACACACACACACACACACACACACUGUGGUAACUGUUUUGUCAGUCUCCAUUACAAAAAUCAAUUUAAGGGUGCAAUGAAGUCAUUUUGCAUUGGUUGUGAAUGGGUAAUAUUUGGGCUUCGACUGCACUUAGGAGUCUGGCAAAGUGUUGUGAAACAAAUUCCCCAACCACAGUCUUGUUCUGCCUUUAUUCAUCCAAUACUUGGAGGGCAGUGUAUCUGGUUAUGUUAUACUCUGUGAGUUAUUAGUUAUGAUGUCUGAGGACAGUUAGGGGACAAACCCACUGGUCAAUUUCCAUGCGAUCCAAUGUUUUACGGAAAACACAGAAUCUUAGUUCUCUGGAACUUAAGAAGGUAAUUAAUCAGCCAGCUCUACUACUAAUUAUUUUAAUUAACAGCACUGUUGAAACUGACAGUGAGUAACAAGCUUGUGUGUUUCAUUAUAAAUGCGGUGCCUUCUGCAGUGACUGUAAAUAUUGUGUGUGGGGGUGGAAGGGUUUCCAUAUUGUCAUGUUUGAAAGGGGAUAUUUUUUUAUAAUUGUAACUGUUAUUAAUAUGAUUUGUAUUACAAAGUCUGACAGCAUUAGCAAUGUACAUCCCAAACUAAAUAACGUUAGGUCAGCCUGACUGUAUCUUUUGUUCUCCACCUGUAAGCUAUGAUUUUAUCUGUACUUUCUAAUUAAAAAAAGCUUUUGAACUAAAUAAGGCAAUACAAGCUUUCCUUGUUGGGUUUCAGAGUACUGUAAUCAUUUGUAUUUUUGUACACACUUGUCAGCAGGACAACUUAAUUGUCAGUCUGUCUUUGUGUCUUUCUACAAUGAUCAGCCUGCCUGCUCUCUAUCUCUCUUUAGUAAAGAAGUUUAUACAAAAUACAUCCACUAUGAGGCAACAUAUUCACGUAAGCCUCGUUCCCUGUUAUAGACAUUUAUUCUCAUCUGUUUUUAUUACAUCAGGCAUUUCAAUUUCAAAAUACCCAAGUCAGAAUAUUUUGUUAACUGCAGUAUAUGCAAUAAUCCCAAAGUGCUUUACAAACCAACCUCAUCUUUACAAUUCUUAUUUUAAAUAAUCCUGCUAAAUGUUUCAAGAUACACAGUGAAGAUCUUAAACUGUGGCCAGGCACAUAACAAGUAAUAAUCUACAGGUAUGGCCAAAGGUUUUGCAUCCCCCUACAGAAUUAACAUAUUUUGCUUCGUAAAGUCGAUUGAAACUUGCAGAAUUAUGUUUCGUUAACAUAUUGAAUUACAUACUGCUUUGUAGUUUUCCAUAUACUUAACAAAAAACUAACAAACAUUGAAAAAUGUGACAUUUCAAAAUCUAAAUACUGAAAUACCGUACUGCUAUUAUGAAAUACUGUACUGUUAUUAUGAAAUACUGUACUGCUAGUAUGGCAUCCGGUUGACUUUUGCAAUAUCAUUUGAUAAGAUGAUAAUUAAAAGAUCUAAGUUAUGUUCA